GAAUUUAUUAGCUACCACGAACGGAAAGGGAAGUGGGCGGGGUUUGUCCGCGCUAAUAAGCAGUGAGGUCGGUAGCAGCGCUGCUUUAAACGCUUCCAAAACAACCACGGACCUGAGUGAAGGGAGCAACUGGACACCGCUGGGAGGGUCAGCACUAUUUUUUUUAAAUCAUCAUUUGACCGUACACAACGCCCUGCACGCAUUUAAUUCACUUCUAGCGAGGGUCAUUGCGUUUUAAAGCUUUGAGGGCCCUCUGGAAGUCGGUCGGGCUUCUCACCUCUUUGUGUCUCAUUGACAGACGGACUGCAGCUUUAGCCUUUAGCCGCUUUUUGUGGAUAAAACGGAGCUCUUAACGUUGCAUAUACGUUUAACCCAGCGGUGUUUCGGGUGUAUCUGCAUUGUGACAUUGAUAAAAUGUCCUGUUGGUUAAGGAAGGAGACUCUGGUGCUGGCGGAGGACUACAUUGACUUCUGCACCGGGAUCCAGCGGACACCUCCCAGCGAGUCGGCCGAGGCCAUGCGGCAUUUGGCCAAGGAGAUGGAGCGGCAGCACCACUCGAAAUUUCACUCGCUGACGCAAAGCUUCCUGUCGGCUUGCGGCUCGGACCCCAGUGCGUAUUUACACAGCGUCAUGACCGUGCUGGUGGAGGACGGACAGCUGAACUGGGGCAGAGUCGUGUCCCUCUUUACGUUUACGGGCGUUCUGGCCACCGAACUGUUCUCUAGAGGAGAGGGGCCAGAGGUCUGUAGGACGCUAGCAGAGACGAUAGCAGAUUACCUGGGAGGAGAGAAGAAAGACUGGCUGGAGGAAAAUGAGGGCUGGGAGGGGUUCUGCAAGUUCGUCCGCAGAGCUGGACACGUUAGCCAGGACUCCUCCAUGAAGACGGCGCUGUUCGCUGCCGCGGGGGUUGGGUUAGCUGGACUGACCUUUCUCCUGGUGCGCUGACCUCAACAGCUUAUUUAUUCAUAGUCUUAUUUAUCUUGUUCUUCUUUGCUUCUUCCUCUUGCUCUUUUUCUCUUUCUUUUGCUCUGUCUUCUGUUCUUUUUUCCUUUUCUGCCUCUUUUUUCAUUCCUUUUUUUACUUCCUUUCUCUUUCUUCCAUGCUGUGUCUUGUGUUGCCUCUUUCCUUCUUCCUUGCUGUUUUCCAUUCUGGUUCUGUUGACAGUGAAUCUUUGCAGGACGUUUUCUUUAAAGAACCAGUUUUAAGGCCUAAACUGAAUGUUAUUUGCACAUUUGUACCACCAAUCUCUCUCUCUCUCUCUCUAUCUCUAUCUCUAUCUCUCUGAUUGUAAAAUCUCUAAUAUGGCCUUCUCUACACGAACACUUGCAAGUGAUGAUAGCCUACAUAUCUGAUGGUGCAUUUUUGUUUCAUAAAUGCUUUUAAGUAGUUGUUCUUGUUCAUUCUCUUGGUUAGUCUAGAUAGUGUUUUGUUUUUUUUCGACAAAGGAAACCCACAAAGUAGAAAAACAUGAAUGGUUUUCAUUCAUUGUUUAUAAGUUUGAGUUCAUUCUCCAUCGCGUUUGAAACGCACAGAAUUAAUAUAUUAUAUUUAUAUGAAUAAAAAUGUAAACAGCAGCCAGAAACAUAACAUUACUGUACAUUAGUGUGUUCGUUUACAUUGAAUAUUGCUUUUCUUUUGGGUUCUUGUGUUUGUCUUCAGUUUGUAAUGGUAAAGGUUUUGGAAGGUGCUAAUCUGUUUCAAUUCCGAGCCUUUUUGUAACUUCCCAAUUUCUCACGAGUGACCAAUUUAGUUUGUAAAAUUUAUUUAUUUACCAUUUGAAGAACAAAUUGUAACUAUUUAGGCAAUUUCCCUUGCAUUGAUGAAAAGCAUAUUUUUGCAUUGUUUUAUUUAUUUAACACUUUCUUAAUAAAAAAACGUUAUUACAGUAAA